CGCUGCCGCCUUAUUCAGGUGUUGGUGUCAUUGGCGCCAUCUCUCUUACUGAAGAUGAUUUUGAAUCAAUGGAAAUUGAAGAUAAGAAAAAAGCUCAGGAUGAAGAAGACGAUAUAUUGCUUGUUCCUGAGUGGAAGGAGAAGAAGAAACAUAUUUUUAUUUUGAGCUCUGCGGGGAAGCCCAUUUAUUCAAGACAUGGCAGCGAAGACAGACUGGUUACUUUGUUCGGUGUUAUGCAAGCUCUCGUCUCUUUCGUGCAGGAUAGUCAAGAUACUAUUCAAUCAAUAAAAGCUGGAAAUGUGACAAUUGCAUUUCUGAUCAAAGGGCCGAUCAUUCUAGUGUCAGUAUCGAGGAUAGGGGAAAGUGUGGAUCAUAUGAGACUUCAACUGUUAUACGUUUACAACCAGGUGGUGAGCGUGCUGACACUGACGCAGCUGACGCGCGUGUUCGAGCAGAGAGGCAAUUUCGACCUGCGUCGCCUGUUGGCCGGCUCUGAGCGACUCAUCGACCACCUGCUCCACUUCACAGAGACCCAACCCGGCUUCCUCCUUGGUGCCGUCAAGUGCCUUCCUAUGUCCAGCUCUACCCGCGACCUCAUCAGUCAGACCAUCGUCAACUCUUGUGCCAAAAUAAAGAAUUUAGUGUUUGCAAUAUUAAUAGCUGACAACAAAUUGAUAACAGUUGUGAAAAUGAAGAAGUACAAUCUGCAUCCCGCCGACCUGCACAUAAUUUUCAAUAUGGUCAACUCCUCAGAAUCUUUCAAGCCCGCUGAAAGUUGGACACCUAUUUGCUUACCAACUUUUGAUGCCAGCGCUUACAUGCAUGGGCAUGUUUCAUAUCUUUCUGAAGAUUGUGAGGCCUGCCUACUACUUCUAAGCAUCGAUCGCGACAUGUUUUUCAACCUGUCAGAAGCCAAACAGACCAUUGUCGAUGUAAGUUGCUGUUCAAUUUUUCAAACAGGAUUGGGCGAUGAGAACCCAACACCUGAUAAAUCACCAUCAAAAACCGCCACCCACCAUGCAAUUAAAACCAGCCGCAAGCAACAACCCAUUUUAAGUAUCCUGUUCCCCGCCGAAGAGCAACCCGCCCCCGAAGAAUCACUACCGGCCACCACCCUACAACAAGAACUGAUGCAUUACAAUAAUGAAGAAAUCCCAUCACCGCCAAAAAUAAACAAUCGCCAGGAGGAGACCGCCACCAUGUAUCUGCACACCACACCCGUGCAUCAAUCGACCCCACAGCAGACCAAGGACCCGGACCGAGAGGACAACAUCCAGGACAAAAGGAGCGACCACCGCAAGCUUAAGGCUUUGAAGGGCGAGGAGACCCAAGGAUUGGUCGCUGGAGGUCACCUGAUAGAAAAAUCCAUCCCCUAG